AUGGGGGAAUACCAAAGGUUAACAAUGUCCAAGGUGAAAGUUUCCCCCAUGAAAUCGGAGUCAGCGCAUCUCAACCUGCUGGUUUGCUCCGUGUCGGGGUUUUACCCUGGGGGGAUCAAAAUCAAGUGGCUGAAGAACGGGCAGGAGCAGACGGCCGGGGUGAUGUCCACGGAGCUGCUCCAGAACGGAGACUGGACCUUCCAGAUCCUGGUGAUGCUGGAGAUGAGCCCCCAGCGCAGGGACGUCUACACCUGCCAGGUGGAGCACAUCAGCCUGCGGGACCCCCUCACCGUGCACUGGGAGGCGCAGUCUGACUCCGCCAGAAGCAAGAUGCUGACGGGGGUCGGGGGCUUCCUGCUGGGUCUGAUCUUCCUGGCGCCCGGACUCCGCAUCUACCCGAAGACUGAAGAAAGGUGA